ACCAAACCUUCUUGGUACCAAGCCCUACAGUACUAUGUAUCGACGCUAGUAGUUCUAGUAGUCUUUGUAACUCGUAGUCUCGCAGCCUCCCGGCUAUCAUUAGCAAUCCUGAUUCCUCAGGACACUUCAACAAUCACAUCUCGACCACGACUCUCAUGCCUGCCCAGCCAGAGUUCUCCUCUCCUCAAGCUCCUGGAUGAGCGAAACACGACGAGUCAGGAGAACGGCGACGUCGUGCGCUCGAUGUCGACACAGAAAAGUCACGUGCGAUGCCAACACUCCGUCAUGCUCGUCGUGCUACAACGCCGGAGUGCCGUGUGUGGCCUGGAACUCUGCCACUAACAACACGGCACCCAGGAGCAUUACACGAUACUUGGAGGAACGCAUUGCUGCUCUGGAGAGUCCCCAGCGGCCGUCGAACGCGGCCAUGGCUGAGGGUCGUGGACCCCCCGGAGACAUGGGGCUGACAGUGCCUUUGAUAGUCGACGAUGCCAUUUGCGACAUCAUGCCCUCCUUUCUCGGCAUUACGCAGGAUUCGUGCCUGGCAGGCUGUGUUGCGGCGCCCACUGAGAUCCCUUCGGCCAAAAAGUCCUUUGGCAUGUCGGACCUGGACCAGAGUCAUCCUCGUACCAUCCUCAAUCAGCAGUCCUCCAACAUGUCCCUCACCUCGAUCCCCAUCCGGGUCGCUGAGUUCCUGCUCACUACAUAUCUCACUCGCAUCAUCCAUCAGUAUCCCAUCUUCCACAUUCGCCAGGUGGAGAAUGCUUUUGCCCAUGUCUUCUACAGCACCACAACUGAUUCUAUUCCAGCGUGGGAUGAAUACAUUGUCAGUAUCAUCAUGGCCAUCUCACUCUCUACUGCUGCCCGGAAUAAGCAGGCGCACGCCAACUCCAUUGCCGCCAAGCUGUUCAGAAACGCCAUGUUCCAUCGGUCCACCGUCAUGUCCUACGACAUUUACGGGCUACAGGCUCUCCUCUUGCUCAUCCAAUAUACCUUUCUAAAUCCCAGUAUGGCGAACCUGUGGCUGCUUACCGGAAUUUCGAGCGAGGCCUGUAUUGAAAUGGGACUUCACCGGGAGGUCGUUGACUCUUCCGAGCGGGACCUGACCAAACAAGACAUGAGACGCCGGAUCUUUUGGUGCGCUUGGGAAAUGGAAGUGGCCGUCAGUGCUGGCUUCCACCGGCCGAUCCGGACUCUGACCAAAUACAUUCAUGUUCCUUUCCCAUCCCAGUUUGACGACUCGGCCAUCCAUAAAGACUAUAUCGACACGACUGGAUCCAAGGUCAAAUUCGUCUCACACCGGAUUCGCGGCUUCCGCCUGGUCGAGUCGGCAGCAAUCUCAGUCCUCUACCAAAAUGAACCCCUUCCGGCGGAUUGUCCUUCCCUGGAGUGCUGGAUCACGCAGACUGAAACCGAGAUUCGCACGUGGUUGGAUGAAGUCCACAAGUCCGCGAGCUGGAAUCAGGACGCUGCACUCAAGCCACAUUGGGAUGAGAUGGUGCUGUAUGCCGAGAUUGCCUACCACUGGAUCAUUGUCCUGUUGUUCGGACCUUCCCCACGAGUCAAGACGUUCAAUACCGAAAAUCUAAUGAAAGCACUGCGGUCCAGCGUACAGGUGGCAACCGGCUAUUGGCAGCAGGCAAACACAGAAUUCGGGCGGAUCAAAUACGUGUUUCACCCUCUCUAUCAUGCCUUCUCUUCCGCCGUGGUCUUCCUGCAGGUUCUACAGUCCUGCACGUCCGAGGUGGCCAAGACAUACAGCCUGGAGGAAGUCGAAGAGCUUGCCCACUGUUUUUCUCGGGUGUUUUCUACCAUCUCGGAACGGUGGCCAGCCGCAACACGCUGCUUGCAAGAGUACGAUCGACUCUUAAGUCCCAUUAAAAGGAAGUACUCCGACUUUCUCUUGCAGGAGAGAGGCGCCCAGUUCCACAGACUCGGCCACGACCCCGAGAAUGACCCGACCGAAAUCCUCGGGGACGUAUUGGGAUUCACAGACACCAUGAAUUUCAUGCCACCGUUGGAACCCUUCAUGGAUAUCAGUGCAACUUCCGUGGAUCCCUACGCCUUCAUCCCACACGACUGGGAUGCAGAAUUUGACUUUGGCAUGGACCUUGACAUCCACGAGUACAUGUGAUCCAAACAUAAAUUCAAACGUUGGAAUCGAAAUGAUUGGCGUCGACUCCCCCUCUGUCCAGAGACCUUAUUCAUGAUCGGCAGCAUUGAGCCUGGUGCUAAUCCGUAAAGUGCUACGAGUUCCCAUUGUGGUGACCCUGGCCUGGUCCAACUUGCCUGGACCUUUUCGGACCUGGACGACAACCCUCGGACCUGGGCGAC